UGAUCGCACUGCGGCUCCCGCCCCGGCGAGUUCUCGCCCCCGCGCGGCCGUUGCCGAGGAGACGGCGCAGUCUCUCGGCGCGUUGCCCCCUCUGCAGUCCCCCCGCCCCUCUUCUCCCACCACAAUGAGAUCCUAAGAUGGCGGUAGCUGCGGCGGUUGGCGCUAAGGUAGAGAAGGCGGCCAUUGGGCCCUAGGCAGCCAGGGAACUUGUGGGCGCUCGCUGCUGCGGUCUCUAAGGGAGGACCGCUGCCGGUGGCGGGUCGUAGGGCCUGACCGCUACUCCACCGUUGGCAGGAGCGGCUGCUUCGUUUACAGGCAACAGCUUUGAAGUGUGAAGCAGGGAAGGAGCCGUUUUGGAGCUGUAAAAUUAGUUUUUAAACAGGUACUUGACCAUCUUAAGCACAGAGAAGAAAUUGAGAAGUUCCUCAAAUGAAACUGGCUAAACAACACAUAAAACCAAAUACUUAUGCAUUUUCUUCUCAGUUUCCAUUAAAAGUGUUUAGUACAUUUGGACACUGUAUGAAGACUUUCAAAACAGUGUACCAGAAAAUUAAGUAAAGCCAGGAUGGCCACAGGAGGAGGUCCUUUUGAAGAAGGUGUGAAUGAUCAGGAUUUACCAAACUGGAGCAGUGACGGUGUUGAUGACCGACUCAACAAUAUGGAUUGGGGUGGCCAACAGAAGAAAGCAAAUAAAUCAUCAGAAAAGAAUAAGAAAAAGUUUGGUGUAGAAAGUGAUAAAAGGGUAACUAAUGAUAUUUCUCCGGAGUCCUCACCAGGAGUUGGAAGGCGAAGAACAAAGACUCCACAUUCGUUUCCACAUAGUAGAUAUGUGACUCAGAUGUCUGUUCCAGAGCAGGCCGAAUUAGAGAAACUUAAACAGCGCAUAAACUUCAGUGAUUUAGAUCAGAGAAGCAUUGGAAGUGAUUCUCAAGGUAGAGCAACAGCUGCUAACAACAAACGUCAGCUUAGUGAAAACCGAAAGCCCUUCAACUUUUUGCCUAUGCAGAUUAAUACGAACAAGAGCAAAGAUGCUGCUCUAAGUCCUCCAAAGAGAGAAAUGAUUGGAUCAGCACAAUGUAAAGAGUUGUUUGCCUCUGCUUUAAGUAAUGACCUUUUGCAAAACUGUCAAGUCUCUGAAGAAGAUGGAAGAGGAGAGCCUGCAAUGGAGAGCAGCCAGAUUGUAAGCAGGCUAGUUCAGAUUCGUGAUUAUAUUACUAAAGCUAGUUCCAUGCGGGAAGAUCUUGUAGAGAAAAAUGAAAGAUCUGCUAAUGUUGAGCGCCUUACUCAUCUAAUAGAUCACCUUAAAGAACAAGAAAAGUCAUAUAUGAAAUUUCUUCAAAAAAUCCUUGCUAGAGAAAAUGAGGAGGAGGAUGUUCGGACUAUAGAUUCAGCUGUGGGAUCUGGUUCUGUAGCUGAGAGCACAUCGCUAAACAUAGAUGUGCAGUCUGAGGCUUCAGAUACCACGGAGGCAUCUUUUAGUCUGAGAAUUCGGCCGUGCAUUGAGGACAAACUAGGGAAUUCAGCUUCACAGGAACAGGUUUCAGACAUUGACGUUACCACAAGUCCAAAAGGGAAAGGUGACAGACCUCCUCAGAAUGACAGGGAACUGAGGCCUAAUAGGAAAUGUAGCCGAAAACGUGGAUUUCCCUCAAAGGCCAGAGAUCCUCAGCAGGAGCCUAUGGAAGAGAUAGAAAAUUUGAAGAAACAACAUGACUUAUUAAAAAGGAUGUUACAACAGCAGGAGCAACUGAGAGCUCUGCAGGGAAGACAGGCUGCUCUUCUUGCUCUGCAGCACAAAGCAGAGCAAGCUAUUGCUGUGAUGGAUGAUUCUGAAGAGGUUGCAGGGACAACUCCUGGCCAUCAUACUGUACCGGGCAGACAGCCAGCUUGCUCUCCUUUUCAUCAGAGAGUACCUUUAAGAGUUGUAACAGAAACUACAGGUAGCCUAUCUGGAGUUAGUAUCACCUCUGAACUAAAUGAAGAACUGAAUGAUUUAAUUCAGCGUUUUCAUAAUCAGCUUCGUGAUUCUCAGCCUCCAACUGUUCCAGACAAUAGAAGACAAGCGGAAAGCCUUUCAUUAACUAGGGAGGUUUCCCAGAGCAGGAAUCCUUCAGUUUCAGAACGCUUACCUGAUGAGAAAGUACAACUUUUUAGCAAAAUGAGAGUAUUACAGGAAAAGAAACAAAAAAUGGACAAACUGCUUGGAGAACUUCAUACACUUCGAGAUCAACAUCUGAACAAUUCAUCAUUUGUGCCUUCUUCAGCCUCUCCACAAAGAAGUGUGGAUCAGAGAAGUACAACUUCAGCUCCCUCUGCUCCUGUAGGCUUAGCACCAGUUGUCAAUGGAGAACCCAAUAGCUUCACAUCAUCUGUUCCUUAUCCUGCUGCUUCUCUAGUUUCUCAGAAUGAGAGUGAAAAUGAAGGACAUCUAAAUCCAACUGAAAAACUCCAGUAA